AUGAAAACUAGCCUAGUGGAGAAUGGACUUUGGGACGUUGUCAAGUACGGAAUCCCGCCGGAUCUAUCCAAAGUUCCAGAGUUAGCGACGAAGAUUCAACCCCAAGACCUUUCACCAUAUAGAGAUUUUGUGGCAAAAGACGCUAAAGCGCUACAGUUACUGCAAAAUUCUCUCCCGGAUUCGGUUUUCAGAAAGACACUUGAGACCACUUCAGCCAAAGGUCUCUGGGAUUUGCUAAGCAAAGCUAACGUACAAGCCAAUCUAGACAAGGACUUACCAGAGCACCACAUUUUAUCAAUCAACAUUGAUCCUGUGAUAUUUGAUAAGGAUAUGUGGAUGUUAUACUCCAGUACCCUCAUGGCUCAAGGAAUGGGAGAUGUGAGCAUCAUGACUAAAGAUGGGAUCAAGAUGACGAUCAAGAAUGUGCUUUACGUUCCGGGGAUCGUAGGAAACGCGUUGAGUGUUGGCCAGCUGGAGAGGAAAAGGACUUUGGGAUGUGGUUGCGAAUGGAAUCCAUCGAAGUUUCCAAUAGCGGCGACGAUUCAAGCCGAAGAGCUACGGAACUGGAGAGAACUUGCGACAGAAGACAUGAAAGCACUCCAAAUACUGCAGUCCGCUCUCCCAGACUCUGUUUUCAGAGAGACACUCUUGGCUGCUUCUUCGGCUAAGGAUCUCUGGCGUUUGCUAAACCAAGUACCUGAUCACGUAGCUGAACAUUUUGUCGGUGAUUUCGGUUUACAUGAUGAGAUUUGGUUGAUAAGCUCCAUUAACUCUAAUCACAUGACUCCAUAUCAGAGGUUUUUCACUGAUUUAGACAGAUCAAGGAAAGCUAAGGUUAAAUUCACAUCUGGAGAUGGUACCACCACCACCACCACCUACAUGGCAGAAGGGAUUGGAGAUGUGAUUUUCCUGACUAAAGAGGGUGCUCAGACGAUCAAGAAUGUGCUUUACGUUCCAGGGAUCAAGGGAAACGCUUUGAGUGUUUCUCAGCUGGAGAAGAGCGGAUUUGGAGUUGCUUUUGAUGAGGAGGAGAAAAGAUGCACUAUAUGGAAUCAGACUACCUACUGGGAAGAAUUUUGGUAAAACCAUGUGGGAAAAUAGAGGCUACUGUCUACGUUGGAAUGUGCUUCA